AUGCAUUUCAAUAAUAACGAUAAUGUCAUACCUCGUGGCACACUUGGACAUGACAAACUGUUCAAGAUAAGACCUUUCCUAGAUAGUCUACAAGAAAGGCUGAAUAAAAUUCCAAUUGAAGAGCAUGUUGCGGCAGAUGAGCAAAUUAUUUCCACUAAAGCCCGAUCAACAAUAAAACAAUACAAUCCGAAAAAACCACACAAGUGGGGCUUCAAAGUUAUUGUUCUGUGCGGAAUCUCCGGCUUUAAUUACAGCUUCGACAUUUUUGCGGGCGCUCAGAGCAACGUGGUACCUGUUGAUGCUCCUGAUUUGGGAAAAAGCAGUAAUGUAGUCCUGAAUCUUCUCCAUAGAGUCCCUAAGCAUGUCAACCACAAGAUUUUUUUUGACAAUUGGUUCGCCAGCAUUCCACUUGCUGUAUACUUGACCAAGACCAAAUCGAAUUCAAGGUUGCAGAAGGCUAUCGGAAAAGGAGUUUAA